AUGGAUAACGCAGAAAGAAUAAGAAUUUUGGUAGGUCUAGAAAAUAGAUUAGCAAGAUUCCAACAACCAAACCAAGGUGCAAGAAGAGCUGAGAUCAGGCGUUUACUUGAAAUAGAAAGAAGAAGAGAAAGAUUCAGACAGCUAAAUGAAUCUGCCAAUGGUAACUCAACUGAGCUCCCACCACCACCACCACCACCACCAUCAACCCCACAAAAUGAACUUCAUAGAGACGAGGAUAUGAAGUGCAUUAAAUGUAAUCUCGUUAUCACCGAGGGAUUACAUUCCAAUUUUGAAUGUAAGUGUCAAAAGCUUGCAAAGGCACUUAUUGGUUAUAGAGCUGGUGUUUUAUCAAGUACCCAAAGAAGAAGGGUUAGAAUUUUAAUUGGUAAUAUACAAUCAUUACCAAACUUAAAUUCCACUGGUUUUGGAAAUAAUUCAAACCAAAUCAACAUUGAAAACUUUUUGGAAAAUAUUAAUAAUUAUAAUAAUAAUAUAAAACAAUAA